GACCCCCCUUCGGCGACAAAGUGCAGUACAGCCUCCAGGAAGAAGCGACAACCCCGUGAGAGCAGCGACUGUCAGUAAGGCGAAAUUGAUCGUGUUUAGAUAAAACAAGAAAUACAGCACGUUAAUGCCCCGCUUUAACCCACCUCUAUGACUUCUCUAGAAGAUGAGAGUGUUUCCUGGAGGCUAAUAGGCCCUGUGUCGGAGCUGUCCAAGAAACAAUGCAGACUGAUCUAUUCGUCUGAUGGACGCGACGCGGAUGUUUGCCUGUUUCAUGUGAACGGUGAAUUCUUCGCGAUGGACGCUCGUUGCGCUCAUUCGGGAGGUCCGCUGUGUGAUGGAGAUAUCGAGGAGGCCGAUGGUGUUCUUCAGGUGUUCUGUCCUUGGCAUGACUAUGACUUCAAUCUCAAAACGGGGAAAUCAAGCACAGGUUUACAGCAACAAGUUUUUGAAGUGAAAUUGGAGGACGACAAUGUAUACGUCAAGCACGCAAGUGAGCUCUCGUUACAACCUUUCGGCCAGGUCAAGGAGAACUGAAGUUCUUGGUUACGGCAAUGUUUUGAUCCCUCGAACUAAAACAUCUGCUUGGAUCUCGUAAUAUUUGAAAAAGAUGCAGAAUUUUAGUUGAAUAAACUUUCCUGUUCCCAAUGGAGCAGUUGUUAACAUUUGUGACAAUUUGUAUAUAUACACUACGAAUCAAAGAUAAAUUGUUCUUUAAUGUUGUACGCAAAUUACUUCCAAUGAACUAAAAUGAACAUUGUUUUCUGACAUUUAGAUGAUAUAUUUUAUGAUUUAUUUAAAUUGUGAAUAUCUUAAAAUGUAAGUUGGCCAAAUGUAUAUGCAAGAUUGAUUGAACUCAGGGAAAAUGGGGUCACGGACAGUUUAUUUAGUCAGCUGUACAUUUCAGCGGCUUAAUUAGUCAUAGUUUUAGAUUCAUAAUUGUUAGCACUCCAGAGAUGUUAAUGUGUUUCUCUCUAGGGCCAUAAUAAAUGUUUGCAGUUGUAACUUUCCUUAAUUAUACCAGAUCCAGCCCUCUUGAGUGUCAGGUAGAAAUGACUUUCACCGCUGGGAAAAAAUAAAAAAAACAUCUUUUUUAUUUAAGUU